AUGGAUAUUGACGAACCUUCAUCCCCGCCGCGUUUGCGCCAAUCGUCGCUGCCACCGAGCAGCAUGCCCGACCCCACCCCACGCUCGACGACGGGCAGCAGCCAAGGCGGCGGCACACCCGCUCGGCGAUCCAGACCCCGUGAUGCGCUCGAACUUGACGACGAAGGUGCCGGCGCGCAGGACACCAAUGAUGAUGCUCAGGCCGCCAGCCAGCGUCGCCGCCGUCGCGCACGUGGGAACGCGAAUCAAUUGGACGGGAGCGUGCCGAUCGUCAAGGACGCAAUCGGCGAAACGCUCGCAGACGAGUUUUAUCGCUUCCUCAAGACGUUUACCGAAGAUGUCGCGUUGCCUGGCACACCUCGUUCGGAAGAUGACCUGCCCGUAGCGGACGACGCCUCUUUGAUCUACAUCGAGCAGAUCCACCUGAUGAAGCAACACAAGCUCUCAACUCUCUACGUCGACUUUUCCCACGUACGGACUGCAAACGAAGUCCUCGCCGAAACUAUUGCAUCAAAAUACUACCGCGCGAUGCCAUAUCUCAAACGCGCUGUCGCCGAUCUGGUGGCAGAAUACGAGCCCACUUUUGUCGCCGAGAACCCGAACCAGGCCGUAGGCGGCAGUCUGCACUCGUUUGCGAGGGACUUCGCCGUCGCGUUCUACAACCUGAAGUUGGUGUCGGCAGUGAGAGAUCUGAGGACGGACAGGAUUGGCACGUUGAUGGCUAUUUCUGGGACUGUCACACGCACGAGCGAGGUUCGACCUGAGUUGCUCUACGGCUCUUUCGUAUGCGAGGCAUGCGGUGGUAUCGUCUCGGACGUCGAGCAGCAGUUCAAAUACACUGAGCCCUCACUCUGCCCGAACGUCACCUGCGGCAACCGCACAGCUUGGCAACUCCAACUCGACACCUCCAAAUUCACCGACUGGCAAAAAGUCCGCAUCCAAGAAAACCCAAAUGAGAUUCCCACAGGCUCGAUGCCUCGAUCCUUGGACGUCAUCCUCCGCGGCGAGCUCGUCGAGCGCGCCAAAGCCGGAGACAAGUGCGUGUUCACUGGCACCUUCAUCGUUGUGCCCGAUGUCAGCCAGCUUGGGUUGCCUGGUGGGAAUCAGGCGCAGUUGCAGCGCGAGGCGGCUAGGAGUGGCGGUGCGGGCGCUAGUGCAGCAGGCGCCGGUGGGGCCGGCGUGACGGGUCUCAAAUCCCUCGGUGUACGCGACCUCUCCUACCGCACCGCCUUCCUCGCAUGCAUGGUUCAAGACGCCGACGGCCGCGCCGGCGCAAACGUCCGCGGCGAAUCCGAGGAAGUCUCCGGCGAAGCCUUCUUCAACUCCUUGACCGAGCCCGAGUUCCGCGAGCUUGCCUCCAUGCUCGAGAACCCGCACAUCUACGCCGCUCUUGUCGAGAGCAUCGCGCCUACGGUGUACGGGCACGAGCUGGUGAAGAAGGGGUUGCUGUUGCAGUUGCUCGGUGGAGUGCAUAAGGAGACGGCUGAGGGUAUGAGGUUGAGAGGGGAUAUCAACAUUUGCGUUGUGGGCGACCCGUCAACGUCAAAGUCCCAAUUCCUCAAGUACAUCUGCUCCUUCCUCCCUCGCGCCGUCUACACCUCUGGGAAAGCCUCCUCCGCAGCUGGUCUCACGGCUGCUGUGGUGCGCGACGAAGAGACGGGCGAGUUCACGAUUGAAGCCGGAGCGCUCAUGUUGGCGGACAACGGCAUCUGCGCCAUAGACGAGUUCGACAAGAUGGACGUCGCGGACCAGGUCGCCAUCCACGAAGCGAUGGAGCAGCAGACCAUCUCCAUUGCAAAAGCCGGCAUCCACGCCACGCUCAACGCACGCACGUCCAUCCUCGCAGCGGCGAACCCUAUCGGCGGGCGCUACGACCGUAAAAAGUCGUUACGCGCGAACAUCAGUCUCAGCUCGCCCAUCAUGUCCCGUUUCGACCUCUUCUUCGUCGUCCUAGACGAAUGCGAACCCCGUACGGACCUCGCCAUAGCCCGUCACAUUGUCGGCGUGCACCGCUUGCGCGACGCCGCUAUCCAGCCCGAGUUCUCUACCGAGGCUCUGCAGCGGUAUAUCAGAUACGCGAGGACGUUCGCCCCGCGGUUGACGCCCGAGGCGAGCGAUGUGCUUGUGGAGAAGUACAGGAUAUUAAGGAGCGAGGAUGCGAGUGGGAACGGGGCACGGAGCAGUUUCAGGAUCACGGUUAGGCAGCUGGAGAGUAUGAUCCGGUUGAGCGAGGCUAUUGCGCGCGCGCAUUGUUCGGCCGAGAUCAAGCCGAUGUUUGUACGCGAGGCGUACGCGCUACUCAAGCAGUCCAUCGUCCGCGUCGAAGAAGACGACAUCGACUUUGAUGAGGAAGAGUUGGCGGGUGAGCGGCCCGGAGACGCCCGGCCUCGUGCCGACGGCACGCAGGACGAAGAGACGCAAGAUCAGGACAUGGAGAUGGACACCGAGCCAACCGAGCCUCUAUAUUCCGGUACAGGCCAUGCCACCUCAUCAUCACACGCCCAAUCCUCAGCCAUGGACGAAGAUUCUCAACCGCAGCACGAGCAACCGCAGCAGAAGAAGCGGAUGGUCAUCACGCAUGACCGGUACAUGCAGAUGCAGUCCUUGGUCGUAUUGCAUUUGGCGCAGGUGGAGCGUGAGACGGGACAUGGGCUCGAUGCCGAUGCGUUGACGGACUGGUACCUCGAGCUGAGAGAGGAGGUUAUCGAGGAUCUGGAUGAGCUUGAGAGGGAGAAGGAGUUGUUUGGGAAGGUUUUGAGGAAGCUUGUCAAGGACAGCUACCUUAUCACGCUUACGGAUACGGUCCAGAGCUCGUUGCCUCAAACCGAGGAGGACCAGGGUCCGGCGCCCACGAGCGAACAUGUGUUCUAUAUGGUCCAUCCGUCGGUCGAUACCGACAGCUCACAGUAG